AGAGAGAGAGAGAGAGAGAGAGAGCGCUACCCUCGCCUCGUCUAAAAUGUAAAAGCGUAGAGAGGGAAAGAGAGAACAGGGCACAGGAUUGAGGAGGAGAGGAGAACAGGAUCGUAUCGAGGUGUGAGAGCAGCCUCUAGCAUCUGAUCCACCCAGCAGCAUCAAGUCGCCUCCUGCGCAUCAGCCGCGACUCCGCAUCGCCACUGCUGCAUCUCUGUAAGUUUCUCUUCAGUGAAUGAAGUGAACUCUACUGUGUGCUGCCAGGAUUUACUACCGCCUGUUGGUGACCUAUGGUAGAUGAUCCUGGACGAUUUUUUUCAAGCUUGCUCUUCGGGCCUGUACUUCCUGUGAGAUAAGGGGAACCCAUCUGAAGCCAUCUGCAUCUGAUCUUAUUGUGAUCCUGUUGCAAUCCAGCUGGGUCCAGGAUUAUGGAGCGGUUGAUGUGUCUGCUGGUCCUCAGCUCAGUGGCUCUGAAAGAAGCUGCUGGUGGUGAUGUGUGUGUGUCGGGUCAUGACAGUGGGCCAGUAUUUGAAGAACAGCCGAGCAGUUCAAUUUACCCAGAGGGACUGAGUGAAGGGAAAAUUACCCUCAGCUGUCAAGCCAGAGCCAGUCCAGCUGCUUCCUACAGAUGGCUUGUGAAUGGCACGGAUGUCCCACUUGGUUUGGACCUGCGCUAUACCCUUGUGGCUGGAAACCUGGUGAUCAGCAGCCCUGAGUCUGUUCGAGACACAGGCUCCUACCAAUGUCUGGCUAUCAACCGUUGUGGAAUUAUCAUCAGCAGAGCAGCAAACCUCAAAUUUGGCUACGUCCAUGAUUUCCCUCCUGACAGCAGGAGUCCGCAGACAGCAUAUGAGGGUAUGGGAACAUUCUUGGCCUGCCAGCCACCUCCACAUUACCCAGCUUUGUCCUACCGCUGGUUCAUCAAUGAGUUUCCCAACUUCAUCAAGAAAGACAAUAGCCGUUGGUUUGUGUCGCAGCUCACGGGGAACCUGUAUGUUGCUAAAGCAGAGCCAAAUGACACAGGGAACUAUUUCUGUUUCACCACUAUCAACAUGGACAUCAGCACCAAGAGCACCUUCAGCAAAGCCAACCAGCUCACUGUUCUUCCUGAUGCCAAUCCCAGGAAGUCAGCUCCAAGCAUUAAAGUGCGCUUCCCAGCAGAGAUUUAUGCUCUGGCAGGACACACAACCCAGUUAGAGUGCUUUGCCUAUGGAAAUCCAGUACCGAAACUGCGAUGGAGGAAGGUGGACGGACUGAUGCCAUCCAAGGCUGGCUCCUCUGCAGAGGGUCCCAUCCUCAUCCUGCCAGAGCUCUCCUUCGAUGAUGAGGGUGUUUACGAGUGUGAAGCCUACAACUCAGAAGGAAGUGAUACAUACCAGGGACGCAUCAACGUGCAAGCACAGCCAGAAUGGUUGCAGGUGAUGAGUGACUCAGAGGUGGAGAUCAGUUCAGAGCUGCAUUGGAGUUGUGUUGCUGCUGGUAAACCACGGCCCUCUAUACACUGGCUACGCAAUGGACAGCCACUCAGCACACAGGACAGAGUGGAGGUGAAUGGAGCUCGUCUCAAGAUCAGUAACCUGGCCCUGGAGGAUUCUGGAAUGUACCAGUGUGUGGCUGAAAACAAGCAUGGCACCAUCUACUCCACUGCUGAGCUCAGAGUCCAGGUUCAGGCCCCAGACUUCAGAUUGAAUCCAGUACGAAAGCUUAUUCCAGCAGCCAGAGGAGGGCAAGUGAUGAUCGAGUGUCGCCCUCGAGCCGCACCAAAGCCUAGUCUGUUCUGGAGCCGUGGCACAGAGCUACUCACCAAUAGCAGCAGAGUCACGGUAACUUCAGAUGGAAUCUUGUGGAUCCACAACAUCAGCAGAGCAGAUGAAGGGAAAUACACCUGUUUUGCUGAAAACUACCUGGGCAAAGCCAACAGCACUGGUCAUCUGUCUGUCAGAGAUGCCACUAAGAUCACACUGGCUCCUUCCAAUGCUGACAUCAAUCAAGGGGAGAAUGUGACCCUGCAGUGUCAUGCCUCCCAUGACCCAACCAUGGAUCUGACUUUCACCUGGGCCCUCAAUGGAGUCCUACUUGAUGUGGAGAACACUGCCGGGCCAUUCCACCGGGUGGAAGGGAAGGAAAACAUUGGGGAUCUGUUGAUUGUGAACACUCAGCUCAGUCAAGCAGGGUUAUACACGUGUACAGCUCAGACUGUGGUGGACAGCGCCUUAGCCUCGGGUAAACUAGUGGUACGAGGACCCCCAGGACCUCCUGGAGGUUUACUAGUGAAGAAUGUUGCUGAGACAUCGGUGGAGCUGAGGUGGAGUCGUGGCUACGAUAAUCACAGUCCCAUUGGCAAAUAUCUAAUCAUCGGACGAUCCUCACUGUCAUCACAGUGGAAGAACAUGAGGACAGAGCCAGUGAACAUCGAGGGGAAUGCAGAAUCAGCUCGUGUGAUAGGACUGAUGCCCUGGAUGGAUUAUGAAUUUCAGGUCAUCGCCAGCAACAUCCUGGGUAGUGGAGAGCCCAGCGUGCCUUCACAGACUAUUCGCACACAGCAAGCAGCUCCCACAGUGGCCCCCAGUGGACUUGCAGGAGGAGGAGGAGACCACAAUGAACUCAUUGUUACCUGGACGCCUAUGGCCAGAGAGUACCAGAACGGGGACAGCUUUGGCUACAUCCUGGCAUUUAGGAAGAAAGACGCAUUAUCAUGGACAGUGAUGCGUAUUCCUCAUGUGGAGUCAUCCCGCUAUGUUUACUACAAUGAAAGCCUGACACCAUACAGUCCCUUUGAGGUGAAGAUCAAAGCUUAUAACCGCAGAGGAGAAGGUCCAUUCAGCCAGAUUGCAGUGGUGCACUCUGCAGAGGAAGAGCCAACAGUGGGACCAUCAAACAUUAAUGCUUCAGCACUGACCGCCUUUGACAUCCAGGUUUCAUGGGAGCCUGUCCAGCAGAUUAGUGCCAAUGGCAUCCUCAGAGGAUACGAGAUACGGUACUGGCGACAGCAUGAAAGGGAAGCGGCAGCAGACCGGGUAAGGACAGCAGGAUUGGAAACGACAGCCAGAGUAUCUGGACUUCGACCCAGCACUCGAUACCACAUCACAGUACUGGCAUACAACAGUGCUGGUACCGGGCCACCCUCGCCACGCACCACCGUCACCACCAGGAAACCACCUCCUAAUCGUCCUCCCGGCAACAUUUCAUGGAAGGCAGAUGACUCAUGGGUAAUGGUGCGGUGGGACCAUGUGACGGCCAUGCACAACGAGUCAGCUGUGCUGGGCUACAAAGUCCUGUACAAACAUGAGGGCCAGACAGCGCUGAAAGUUCUCGACAAAGCAAAAUCAUCAGUGAGUCUGCCGCUACCAAAAGACAAUGGUUAUGUUGUGCUGGAGAUUCGGUCCUGGGGAGAGGGCGGGGAUGGGCCAGCACAUGAGAUCAUUGUGUCCAGAGACUCAGGAACUGGUAUGAUGGUACAGAAUGAGGCCUUCUCCGUACUUUCCAGUCCUCUUAGCCUCCUCACAGGCGUGGUUUUCCUCACUCUUUCGUCUUUGUCAGGCCUAUAAUCUCACCCUAUCAUUGGACUUUUUAUUUUUAAUGGCUUCAAACUAAAGGCCUUCUGUGUCCCAGCCUGUGUUUUGGGUUGGGGUGCCUUCUUGCAGUUGGGGGAAGGUUGUAACACUGCAGGUAUUAGAAGAAUGGGGAGUAAUGUGGGGAUUAAUUUUUUGUAAUAAAAACAAAGAGGGUCCUUUUGUUUAACAAAAAACUCCCAAAUGGGUUACUGGGAGAAAGGGAAGCAAAGCAGCCCUGUCUGAUGUUGUGUACCAGUGUCAAUAAAAAUCAUUUUAACCAUCACAUUUGACCCCAGUCAUUUACAAUUGAAUGGGGCCAAAGUUUAAGAUAAAAAUAUGCAAAAGUCAUUUCUUUGAAAUGGCUCUGAGCAUCCAAAGGCUUUCCAAAAGGAAGUUGCAGAUUUCUUCAUGUAGUCAUCCAUUCCAAGCACAGUUCGUUCUCCAAAAACAGUCUAGUUGAGUAGUUUUUUUAGGAAUAUAUUAUGUACAUAUAGUUAACAUUUUGCAAGCAACUUUAGGUUUUGUGUCUCCUGAGAGUGGACAUUUUCCACCUGAGUCUGCAUUUUAGCUCAUUUCCCACAUGUGCAACUUUUAACAGGAGAAAGUUGGACUUUUCCAGGCUUUGUGCAAGCUUUAUACACAGCCAGGAAAGAAAACAAAUUAAGUAUAGUUCCCAAAUGUCAAACGAAGCCACUGAUAUAUUUCUGUUAACUCACUAGAAAAACAGCACCUAAAUAUCACAAUACAUUUUAGUGAAGACAUGUUAAGUAAAACAAUUUCAAAAAUUAUUUUAAAUUCUAGUGAUGGUUCCCGCUACAUAGACUUAUGUUUUAAAGCCUACAAUUUCUGUUCUACAGUAUUACUCUUGCUUAUAUUUGUGACAGCUAUGUGAAUGUCUGGCUGUCAUUUCUCUGCAAACACACCGUUAAGUAUCUACCCAACUGAACAUGUUGUGGUCCCUGCUAGUGUUGUUGCUCAGCCUGUGUACACAAACUACUAACCAUAUAUUGAAGUGAUGAUAUAAAACAAUGUCUGUGUGUUUGUUUGUUUGUGUUUUUGCCUCACCGGUAAUCAUUAGCAAACUGCAGGGCUGGUCCAAAUGAAUUUUUUCUAUGUAUUCAUCCUUUUUGGAGAAAUGAAACUACAUUUGUUGUGCCUACAUAGUUUUAGAUGACAAUGUGAUAAUGCUUCUAUUCAGUAUUUAUUUGGUUCAUUGCAGCUGCUUUUUACUGAUAGGUUGAUCUGAAAUAUCCAGGGCAGCAAGAAUGAGUCACUGAAAGAAGUUAAACAGGUACGAAAGUUUUCAUAUCAUCAGUACAGUGUUAUAAAUCAUUAACAUCUAUGAACUCUUAUUCAACAUGUCUGCUUUACUACUGUUAAAAGGAAGGACGUGACCAGUUUAAUAUUCAGAGGGUUGAAGGGAAACUGAUGCUCUGGGUUGCGAUUAUCGACCAAGAUUGAGAAAGAACUGAUUUUGGUUUUGCAUAACUGCCAAAAAACAGCCAAGUUUGAUUUUUGUUCUAAGUUUAUUCUGUUUUCUGUUGCUGGUUUAUAUUCGCUGCCAAAAAACCAACACCAGUGCAUGAGUAGUUAAUUAUUGUACAUUAAAUAGGACUGUGAUGGUCCUGGAAGAGUU